UUGUACUGCAAAUACUAGUAAAUAGACUUCUGCUAGUUUACACUACGCUUUCGUCUGCUGUGCUGUGCCUGUCUUUGCAAAGUGCAAUAACAUGGUUCUAGCAGAUCAUAAUCGGAAGGAAUUCUAUGCUGAAAUUCUUUCUUUGGAAAAAAAACAUUACUGAAUAACGUAUUUCAGUGGUUUUGGUUCAGCUCGGAGUGUUUCACGUCGAGUGAAGUUCGCUAGGCGCAGCUAGGGGCAGAGUUCAUUGCCUCCCCAUUUUUCUUUGUUCUUUGUUUAUGUCUUCGGUGGACAGGAGGACUCGGUAAAUCGUCGGAAGCUUUCGAUUUCUAAAUGGAAGACUCCGAGACAACAAACUUAAACUAUGCAGAUAGCUUACUUCCAACGUGUCUUCUUCAGAGUUUAUGCCAACUAUGGAGAUCUGCCACAUUUUGUGAUGUUGUCCUGGUGGCAGAGGGAAGGGAAAUAGCAGCACAUAAAGUUGUUCUUGCCGCAGCUUCCUCAUAUUUCAGAACUAUGUUCACUUGCCAAUUGCGAGAGGCUUCAGAAAGUAGGAUUGAAAUGCAUGAGAUUUCGUUUCAUUUACUGGAAGAAAUCGUAAACUUUUUCUACACAACUGAGCUGAAGGUUACUGAUGACAAUAUAUAUGAACUUAUGUCGGUGGCUGAUAUCUUACAACUUUCAUCAGUUGCCAAAGCUUGUGCCUCCUUCUUAAUGAGCUCUUUGAGUCCUUCCAAUUGCCUAUCAGUACUAACUGCUGCCACCUUUCACUGUGGUUACUAUGACUUGAUAAACGAUGCUGUUCGUUUUGCAAGAAAAAACCUAGCAAGUGUAGCAAAAGGAGAAGAAUUCUUGUCUGCCCCAGCUGAUGUACUUCUUCAAGUUUUCCAAGGCCAAGUACUAAACAUUCCAGAUGAAGGGUUUCUUCUGAAGAUUAUUGUUGCCUGGGUUAAACAUGACCCUACAAAUCGGCUCAAGGAUUUAGACAGGCUUUCAUCAGCAGUACAUCUGCUCCAAGUGCCCAUGGAGACUCUUGUCAUAACGAAACAAGAGAGCAUUGUUGAAAAUGCAAAUCUUCAGCAUCAGAUUAAACACACAAUCAAUACCAUUCUUGAAGAAAGGUAUGAUACAGAUGUAAGAGCCAAAUGGGCAACUGGGUACAAAGAAAACUCACGGCGAAUGCUACGGUUCUGUGAUGACCAGGAAGUACUUCUUGCUCUGGGAGGCGAAUCUUGUGGUAUGGCUCUGGGGAGUGUAGAAUGCAUAACAUUGGGCUAUGAUAAUUGGAAAUGUGAAAUACCCACUGCUAUGAAGACUGCAGGGGGGGCUUGUGAAGACACGAAGGUCAUUCCUCCCAUGCAGACCCCUCGCAGCUUUUUUGGGGUCUGUUGUUCUGAUGAUAAGAUUUAUGUUGCUGGUGGUUCUACACCUUCAUCUGCGAUAAAAACUGUUGAAGUUUUCAACUUUACUAAAAAUCAAUGGACAUAUCUUCCCCCUCUUAGAGAAGCUUUAUCAGGUAUCAGGAUGGCUCUAUGGAAUGGUCAACUUGUUUUGACUGGAGGGCAGUAUGCCGAUCUAGCAGAGAAUUCCUUUUCGUAUUUAGAUGAAAAAUCUGCUUCCUGGAAAGAUUAUACACCAAUGAGUACCAAUCGCUCGUUUCAUGGUCUUAUCAAUGUUAGUGGAGUAUUGUAUGCAAUGGGAGGAAAAAUAGAAGACAACACUGUUUUAAGGUCCAUGGAACGCUAUGACUAUAAUGAGAAAAAAUGGUUUUCACUUGCCCCAAUGCAUGAGCAAAGAUAUGACUUUGGAUGUGUGGCUGUUGGCAAUUUUAUUUAUGUUGUUGGUGGUAUUGGUGGUGACCAAAAUCAUUGGCUGAGGUCUGUGGAGAGGUAUGACACACUCACAAAUCAGUGGUUCAUCAUGGCACCAAUGCCAUAUGCUCGUGCUAGUUUUGGGAUUUCUGUUGUGGACGGUCGUAUUUAUUGUGUGGGAGGUUACAAUGGAGUGAAUUUUACCAACACUGUUGAGAAAUUUAAUCCUCGCACCAACAGGUGGCAUUGUGUGCAAGCAAUGCUAAAUCGUAGAUAUGGAGUUGGGGCAGCCACCCUCCGAGUUCCUGUCAUAUCACGCGAAGAAACAUGAUGCCAGCUGCCUCGGACCAGAGACCCUCUCAUUUCGUCUUUGGCUCGAAGGCCCGUGACAUCUUUCACAUAGAUCAAGAUCUGGCUAUCUGCUUCUUUAUGAUUGGUUGAACCAUGACCAAUUAGACUUCUCUGUGCCACAAACUUCAAAUUAUGUUUUACGCUUAGUGAUUUUUCCAAAGCACUAACUUGAUAACUUAAAAUUAAUUUUGUGUGUUAGAAUGGCAGCAUUGCACAAAAACAUGAAAAAAAAUGGGAAAAAAAGUCAACUGGUUACUUUAACUUUAAGGAUAGAUAUCCAACUGAACUACCUUAAUUCUCUAUAGGUGUGUACAAACAAAAUAGUUGAAUAUUUGUGCUAUUUGAGAAAAUAAUUUUAUUUGCCAAUUGAUCUCUCCUUGUUGCUGUCCCUUUUUUUUAAAGAAAUUCUAACAAGGACUCUUUACAUCCACUUCUCAUUAAAUGAACUAAAAGCAAGCACAAGGUUUUGUGUUGUAAGAAUGCAAGUACCAUUGUAAUAUUUCUGUUUGCAUGGAUAAAUCAUGAAAUUUUCAAAAUCCAUGUACGUUUGUUCUUUUGGACUAUGCCAAUUUUGUCUGUGAUUCUUGUUUUGGAACUAGCUGGACUUUCUAGAAUAAUUGUUUGUUAUGUUAUGUUUGUAAAUACAAAUUAUAUUAUCAGAUAUAUGUAUUACGAAUAAAGUCCCACUUUAUUAAGAGUA